UGGACCCCACUCAGAGAGCCCUCUACAGGGACGUCAUGCAGGAGAACUACAAAACGGUGACCUCCUUGGCAGGAUUUCCCCUUCCUAAACCUGAGCUGAUUGCCCGGCUGGAACGAGGGGAAGAGCCAUGGGUGCCCGAUCUCCACAGCUCUGCAGAAAGGAAGAUCCCAAGAGGUGCCCGUACAGCAGGUGAUGAGACAGUGAGUCAGAAUGAGGAGAAUCCACAGCUGGAAGGUCCUGAGCAGGUGGAAACGCAUGAGAUGUUCUCAGAGAGAUUCAGAGGGAACAUUUCCCAGAACAGGGAGCAGGAAAAAACCUGGAAGAGUCCAUGCAUGUCAGAAAGGCAGCUGGGAAUCCAGCCAGGGGACAAAGCAGGCAGAUCCAUUUUUUGUGGGGGAGGAGGAUUCAAGGAUCUUAAGGGAACCACAGCCCAGCAGAGAAUCCACCUGGGAGAGAGAAAAAACAGUUGCAUGGCCUGUGGGAAAGGCUUCAGCCGGCGCUCAAACUUUAUUUCCCAUCAGCGAAUUCACACAGGAGAGAGACCCUAUACGUGCUUGGAGUGUGGGAAAAGUUUCAUUCAAAGCACACAGCUGAUCAGGCAUCAGAGAGUGCACACAGGAGAGAAGCCCUAUAAAUGCCUCCAGUGCGGGAAAAGUUUCAAUCAGAAUUCACACCUCAUUAGACACGAGAGGCUGCACAGGGGAGAGAAAUUGUAUAAAUGCCCCGAGUGCGGGAAAAGCUUCUGUCAGAGUUCGGGUCUUACCUCACAUCAGAGAAUCCACACUGGACAGACGCCCUUUGAAUGCCUAGAGUGUGGGAGAAGUUUUGACUGGCGCUCACGGCUUAUUGCGCAUCAGAGAAUUCACACAGGAGAGAGACCGUAUAAGUGCCCGGAGUGUGGGAAAUGUUUCAUUCACAGCUCAGAUCUUCUUUCCCAUCAGAGAAUCCACACAGGAGACAGACCCUAUAAAUGCCCCCAGUGUGGGAAAAGCUUCAAUCACAGUUCAGAUCUUCUUUCCCAUCAGAGAAACCACACAGGAGAAAAACCCUACAAAUGCCAGGACUGUGGGAAAAGUUUUAAUCGGAGCGCUCACCUGUUUAGACACCAGAGACUGCACACGGGGGAGGAAUCUUACAAAUGCCCCAGCUGUGGGGAAAGCUUCAGUCAGCUCUCAGAUCUUAUUUCACAUCAGAGAAGCCAUACGAGUGAGAAAUCCUAUGAAUGCCUCGACUGUGGGGAAAGGUUAAGUGACAGGUUGGCUCUUAAUAGACAUCGCCGAACCCACACAGGGGAGAAACCCCAUAAAUGCCUUGACUGUGGGAAAAGUUUUGAUUGGAGCUCGAACCUCAUUGUGCAUCGGAGAAUUCACACGGGAGAGAAACCCUAUAAAUGCCCAGUGUGCGGGAAAAGCUUCAUUCGGAACUCGCACCUCAUCCGACAUCAGAGGCUCCACGCGGGAGAGAAGCCUUACACAUGCGCCGAGUGCGGGAAAAGCUUCAAUCGCAGCUCAAACCUUAUUUCACAUCAGAGACUCCACACUGGAGACAGGCCUUUUAAAUGCCUUGAGUGUGGGAGAAAUUUUAAUCAGCGAGAGCACCUCGUUAGGCAUCAGAGGCUCCACACGGGAGAAAAGCCCUAUAAAUGCCUGGAGUGCGGGAAAAGCUUCAUUCAGAGCUCACAUCUGAUUAGACACCAAAGAGUCCACACAGGCGAGAGACCCUAUAUGUGCCCGGAAUGUGGGAAAAUGUUUCGCGAUGGUUCAGCCUUUAUUAACCAUCAGCGAAUCCACACGGGAGUUAAACCCCACAAAUGCCUCGACUGUGGGAAAAGCUUCAUUCAGAGCUCUCAGCUUAUUACACACCAAAGAGUCCACACGGGUGAGCGACCCUACAAGUGCCCGGAAUGUGGGAAAAUGUUUGGUGACGGCUCAGUUCUUAUUAACCAUCGGAGAAUCCACACAGGAGUUAAACCCCACAAAUGCCUCGACUGUGGGAAAAGCUUCAAUCGGAGCUCAACCCUAGUUAGACACCAGAGAACCCACACGGGAGAGAGACCUUUUAUAUGCCUGGAGUGUGGGAAAAAGUUUAGUGAAAGUUCAGCCCUUAUUGUGCAUCAAAGACUCCACACUGGGGAUAAACCCUUUAAAUGCUCUGACUGUGGGAAAAGUUUCAUUCUGAUCUCACGGCUCCUUGCACAUCAGAGAAUCCACACAGGCGAGAACCCCUAUAAAUGCCUCGAGUGUGGGAAAAAGUUUAGUGACAACUCAAACCUUGUCAUGCAUCAGAUUAGUCACACGGGAGAGAGACCCUACAAAUGCCUGGUCUGUGGGAAAAGCUUCAGUCACAGCUCAGAUCUUAUUAGACAUCACAGAACCCACACUGGAGAGAGACCGUAUAAGUGUCUGGACUGUGGGAAAAGCUUCAGUCAGAACUCAAAUCUUCUUAUACAUCAAAGACUGCACAAAGGAAAAAAACCUUACACAUGUACCGAGUGUGGGAAAAGCUUUAUACGGAGAUCACACCUUAUUUCCCAUCAGAGGAUCCACACUGGAGAGAAACCCUACAAGUGCCUUGUCUGUGCGAAAGGUUUCAAUCAGACCGCAAACCUUAUUUCUCAUCAGAGGAUCCACACAGGGGAAAAACCCUAUAAAUGUCUUGAUUGUGGGAAAGGUUUCAAUCAGGGUUCGCAUCUUAUUAGGCAUGAAAGAACCCACACUGGUGAGCAACCUUAUAAAUGUCUUGACUGUGGGAAAAGCUUCAUUCAGAGCUCACAUCUUAUUAGGCAUGAGAGAACCCACACAGGUGAGAAACCCUAUAAAUGCCUGGACUGUGGGAAAAGCUUUGUUCUGAGCUCAGAUCUUAUUUCACAUCAGAGUAGCCACACGGGAGAAAAACCCUAUAAAUGCCUGCACUGUGGAGAAAGUUUUGAUUGGAACAUGCAGCUUGUUAGACAUCAGAAGCACCACACGGGUGAGAAACCCUACAAAUGUCUGGAUUGCGGGAAAGCAUUUAGUGACAGUUCUGCCCUUAUUAUUCAUCAGAGAGUCCAUACAGGAGAGAAACCUUAUAAAUGCCUCGACUGUGGGAGAAGAUUCAAUCGGAGCGCGCACCUUACUAGACACAAGAGAACCCACACUGGAGAUAAACCCUAUAAGUGUCCAGACUGUGGGAAAAGCUUCAAUCAGAGUGCGUACCUCAUUUCACAUCAGAGAACCCACACAGGAGAGAAACCCUAUAAAUGCCUCGAGUGUGGGAAAAGAUUCAGUUGGAGUUCCAAUCUGAUUUCACAUCAAAGAACUCACACAGGAGAGAGGCCAUAUAAGUGCGUGGACUGUGGGAAAAGGUUUAUUGACAACUCUGCCCGUAUUAAACAUCACAAAAUUCAUACAGGAGAGAAGCCCUAUAAAUGCCUCGACUGUGGGAAAAGUUUCAGUCGGAGAUCAACCCAUGUUCGACAUCAGAGAAUCCACAUGGGAGAGAAACCUUGAAUGUUGGAGAUGCUUCAGCUGGGGUCAGCUUGUAUCAGGCAUCAGGAAAUCCAUACAGGGAACAGACCUCUUAAAUAUCUUUAACUUGGAAAAUGUUUCAAGAGGAAUUGACAUUGGAGACUCCACACAGGAGAGAAAUUUUAUCAGUUCCAACACUAGGACUGGCUUUAGUUUUUUAUUUUUUUAAAAUCCAAUUCCUCUGCAGGUGUCUUUGAUUUCAUUCAUGCUAAGUCAGACUCAUGAGGGCUGGAGAUUUAAGUAUCACAGACCUGGAGGAGAAAUUCGAAUGAAUCCCCCACUCUGUGUGAUUGGUCUGAGCUUAAAUCCCAGUGUACACAUACUGGUGAAGCAGCUUCUGGUAUCUUUCCUACCAACCUCCGAUUAUUUGCAGACAGUAGUUUUGGUUUUCUCCUUUCAUUAGGAUGAUGAUAAAAGUUUUGUAACUAAGGUGACCGUCUAAGGAGGCUCCAAACAGGGUAGGUAUAGAGAGUUCAGAGGAGAACAUGGGUAAAUCUGUUCUCCUGAUUUUGAAUAAUCUGAAACAAGCUCCAGGAUGUUGAUUAUUAUGAAACUUAGAGUGUCUUGUAGUCCACGCUGUAUUGUGGAUUGUUCUCUGUUUGCUGAAGGCCAUUUGGUCACCUAGUAGGAUAUUAGUUUUGUUUUGCAGGACAUUGUGCAGGUUUAUACGACAAAUGACCGUUUGCUAAAGCACUGUCUUAUUUUACUGGUACCAUUUUAUGACCCUUUGCAUGAGAUCUUAGUGUUGUUUGAACAAUGAUUAUCAUACGGCACCAUCAGCACAAACACCGAUGGAGCCAGUGUGAGAGUCGCAGGCCGAGAGGCAGAGACUGAAAUGGGGAAGGAAGUUCCUGCUGGAUCCCUGCAGUGAUGGGAGAUAGGUCAGGAGAGAGAUAAAGGGCUGGGAAACUGCAGGGUUUUCUCUGGAGAGCCAGACAGCCGAGGCUGAGAAUUGUUAACUUGCUGCACUGGAGCCGGAGAGAAACAGGAACUAGCCUGUGAUCACUGGGUGAAACUGUCUGUGAAUCCCAAAGGGCUACAAAUGAUGCUGCUUGUGGAGUUGCUGGGUCUACCAGUGAUUCCUAGGUGAACGAGGCUGAGCAGAGAUAGGAAGGAAAUUAGGGAAGUCAACAGGCCUGGCCGGCCCUGAGGCCAGCUGACGUCCAUCACUGCGACUGGAGGGCAAUGGAGAGUCUGUGAACCAAGAUGGUCACCACUACCCCCCUCCACAGCAUCCUUUAUUGGGGCGAUGGAGGCUUUCUCUGUCACACUCACCACAUGCACGCCAAGGACGUCCCUGGGGGAUAAACCCCUCAGCCGGGAUUGGAGAUGCUGCACCAUUCUCCGACUCCCAUUAACCCGAGCUCCUUGGCUUUCCUGCUCUCACAAUGUUUGCUUCUGUGACUGAAUCCCAGCAUCUCUAAUGGAACCUCUGCAUUUUUCUGCCCACUGUACAACGUUGCUCCGUUGCUGAUGCCUGUGGGAGCCAGGAGCAGCACCGUCCUGAGCUGGGGCUGAAAUGCCAUGUGCUGAGCUGGGCUCUGGGUGUGAGGAGGAGAUUUUAGCUUUUAUUUCUGGCUUGGAAAGAAUAAAGUGGAAUUUAGUUUCUC